CAAUAACCACAGUACCUCUCUCACACACACACUCUCUCCCGAAUACUCUCUCUCUCUCUUUAAAAAAAAAUUUGAAAAGGUUUAUGCCAAAUCGAAUCAAACCGAACUAAAAAUUUACUGUUCGGUUUGAGCAACUGAAACGGUUUGGUUCGGUUUAAAAAUUUAGGGGCGGCUUGGGUUCGAAUUUUUCCACUACGGUUCGUUUUCAACCCAAAUUGCCCGAAUGCUCAGCCCCACAAUAAGACCAUAGUUUGAAAUUCAACUACAAUAACCAGUCUCUCUCUCUCACACACACUCACACACUCUCUCUCUCCCUUUGAGAAUUGAGAUGGGGGAGGCUGCAGUGGCAUUCUUGCUGGAGCAAGUGAAGGAGGUGGUGAUAGGGUACGCCGAUCUGAUCUUCGGAGCGGAGAAUGAGUUGGAGCAGCUGAAGAGCGACCUGGCUUUACUCAAAGGUUUCCUCAAGCAGAUGGCGGAGAAGAAGAAGAAGGAAGAUCCGUUGAGGAUACUGGAGAGGCAGAUGAGGGAUGCGGUGUACGCGGUCGAGGACACCAUAGACAAAUGCUUCACCAACGCCAUAGCCAAGAAAUCCUUCCACCGCUCUGUGGGUUUGAAAAAUGUCAGCCUCGCCAAGGAGGUGAGAUCUAUUAGAGAAGACAAAGUCAAACCGUUGCUUGACAAGUUUGCUACAUUCGAUUUCAAAUCUGCAGGCGUCCAAGAUUCAUUGACUGUGUCAAAAGGGGAUACACCAAUCAGGCAAAACAGAGUAGUAGGAUUUGACAAGGAAGAAGCAACCAUAAGUGGCUACCUUAAGGAAAAAACAGAUAAGCUCGACGUGAUCUCGAUUGUGGGCAUACCUGGACAGGGGAAGACAACACUGGCAUGGAAGAUUUAUCAGAGCGAUGAAAUUGGUUAUCAUUUCCCCAUUCGUAUCUGGGUUAACAUCUCUCAAGUGUUCAACAGCAGGGAUGUGUUCCUCGAAAUCCUAAAAAGAUUCUUCCCCAGCCAAGACACGUCCAGCCUCAAUUUCAACGACUUGGCUCAAACAGUUCGCGCGUGUUUGGAGAAAGAGAAAUUCUUGUUAGUCUUAGACGACGUGUGGAGUGUCGUUGCGUGGGACAAGAUCAAGGAGGUGCUUCCAGUAGACAAUGGGGAGGCUAAAGUCCUCAUCACCACCCGAGAAACAGACGUGGGAGAGAAAUCCAGAGUCUACAAAGCUCCCCACAAUCUGAAGUUCCUAGAUGAUGAUGAAAGUUGGGAGCUCCUCCAAUACGAGGUGUUUGGUUUGGAAGACUGCCCGCCAGAACUGAGCACCGUUGGUUACGUUAUAGCCAAGAAGUGUGAUGGAGUGCCACUGACUAUAGUUGUGAUCGGAGGUAUCCUCUUCGACCAACUCACGAAAUCUCGAUCCACGGCUGCGAGUGAAUGGGAGACGGUGUCUACAAGUGUGAGUGGUGCCCUACAAGAUGACAAAACGCAGCGCAUAACAGAAGCUGUAGAGUUGAGUUACCAAAGGUUGCCAGAUGACUUGAGAGAAUGUUUUGUUUUCUUGGGUGUAUUUCCAGAAGAUUAUGAGAUUCCAGCUAAGAUGUUGUGCGGGCUGUGGAUUUCAGAAGGGUAUGUACUUCCGAGAAACGGGAAAAGCUUGGAGGAAAGCGCUGAAGAUAAUAUGAAUGAUCUCAUUUGCAGGAACUUGUUAAAGGUCGAGAAAACUAAUCACAUGGGCAAAGUUAAAACGUGCCACGUUCAUGAUAUGAUACGUGCGUUCUGCAUAAAGAUAUCCAAGGACGAGAAUUUAUGUCACGAGAUUAAAACAUCCAAGACAGGCGCACUUGAACCUCCAGUUUCUGAGGUAAAAGACUCUCAUCGUCUUUGUUUCCGCUCCAAUCUCUCAAAGUUCCUGCAGGAAAGCCCGUGUGGUCCACACGUUCGUUCAUUUUUGUGUUUCUACGAGCGGCCUGUUGAGUUGGAGCCACAAUACAUAACAGUUAUACCAGAUGGCUUCAGAAAGCUUAGGAUUCUGGAGUCCAAGUGCAUCAUAUUCAACCAAUUUCCAGCAAAGAUAACCAAACUGAUUCAUCUUAGGUACCUCACCCUAUAUAUUGAAUCUCUGAAAAUUCUUCCAGAACCAAUCGCCCAGCUAUGGAACCUACAAUCUCUUGUAGUCGAGACCAAGUCUCGUUCCAUUACAAUGAAAGCAAAUAUGUGGAGAAUGGUGCGGUUGAGGUAUCUCAAGACAAGAGCAGCCAUUGUCCUCGACAAUAAAUGGAAAGGUGAUGCAGGGCAGAACCUUCAUACGUUGAAUAGAUUGGCACCCGAAUGUUGCACGGAGGCCGUCUCCAAGAGGGCUAAAAACCUCAAGGCCUUGGGGAUUUCUGGUAAAGUGGCCAUUGUUUUUGAAAAUAAGUUCCUAGAAAAUCUGCAUCAUCUGGAAAAGUUGAAGAUGGUGAAUAGUGUAACUUAUGAACAGACAUCUGAAGAUAAGCUGCACAGCCUUCCCCCACAGAAUCGUUUCCCGCCAUCUCUCAAGAGGCUGACAUUAACUAAUACAUUCCUGGGUUGGCAGCACAUGUCCACGUUGGCAACGAUCAGAAGCCUCGAGGCCCUAAAGUUGAAAGACAACGCAUUCGUUGGACUCCCGUGGAAUCUUGGUCUUGACAGCUUUCCUAAUCUCCAACUCUUGCUGAUUUUAAACACAAAUCUAGUUCUUUGGGAGGCCUCAACUGACUCCUUUCCUAAGCUCAGGAUUCUUGUGGUUAAAAACUGUGAAAACCUCAAAGAAAUUCCAGAGUGUUUGGGAACACAUCUUGAGAAAUUGGAAAUAGAUCGCGUUCGCUUUUCUGCAGUUCAGUCCGCCAAGAAAAUCGAAGAAGCAAAGAAGGGAAAACAAAAAGGCAAAUUUGAGGUGCCAUUCAAUCUCAUCGUAGGUCCUGCGUGUGAUACCAAGUGAUCGAGGCAAGUUUUAUUUUUUGGUAUCAGCAAUUUGAUUCAAUGCAUGUGAAGUGUUUCAAUGCGCAAAACAAGAGUUUCAAUAUUCUUUAGGUUUCAUUGGCAAUGACAGUGAGAGAUCAAGUUCUUCAAUAUGGAUGUAUGGUUGGUCUUGUGCUUUAUUAGAUGAAAAAUGUUUAAGUA